AUGAUGCGAGACGUGAGCGCGCGCUUCAAGUAUAGCGAGCGCGAGUUCCACGCGCAGCACAAGAAGAGAGGCAGCGACAGCAGCAGAAGCAGCGACGUAGAGACGAAACGGGCGAUUUCUGGACCGCUUGAAGCGAAAGAAGGCGUCGCGGCGCUGCAAGUAGAUGCGUGUCCGUCACGUGAACUCAUCCACAGCCAUAUUCGAAGGUACUAUCGGAACGUCGACGGCGCUGCUCAAGUGACGACCGAUUAUGAGACUGUGAGCGCCCGCAUCUGCCGAGAUUUGGCUCCGUUUACGAUUCUUAAACUUGGCGGCUUUUCCUUGGGUGAUGCCUGUACGAAGUUGCUAGGAGACGUGCUGGCCCAAGGCACCUCGAAGCUGCGGACGCUAGAUCUUGGGUUCAAUCGACUUACCGACAGCGGCGCGACGCAAUUAGCCGAUGCACUAAAGACGAACACGUCGCUCGAGAGUUUGUAUCUUUCAGGAAAUGAUAUUGGACCUGCAGGUGCUCGUGCCCUUGCAGAGGCGCUGCUUCAGAACACGCACCUGCGCAGCUUGCAUCUCAGUGGCAACAAUAUUGGUGAAGAAGGUGCUCGCUUCCUGGCUGAUGGAAUUGCAGGUAACACAAGUUUGAGGGCGCUGUACUUGGGCACUAAUGGAAUUGGAUCGGCGGGCAUGCGGAGUUUAGCUACUGCACUAACACAAAACACGUCACUGGAAGAGCUAACGCUGGGACAAAAUAAAGUCGGAAGUGAAGGCGUGCGCUGCUUGGCAUCAGCUUUCGCUGCAGGUCACGUGGCGCUGUUAACGUUGGAACUGGGAAAGAAUGGCGUGGAUCACGAGGGCGCUAUUGCACUAGCCCGUUCGUUGUGCGGUGUGAAUCGGUUGCAGAACCUGUAUAUGGAUCACAACCCGCUCGGAGACGUGGGAGCAAGUGCUUUUGGAGCACUGCUUGCCCAGAACACUGAACUGCGGGUACUCGACUUGAGCUACACGCAGAUGUCGUUGUUGGGAUUGCGUGAGCUCAGUGUUGUAGGAUUGGCCCGCAGUCGCGCGCUGCUCUGUCUGCUCGUGGAUGGUCACGACUGGGCGAGCACUCAAUACAUGAAAAAGAACCAGCACACGAGCUUGAUUGGUGCUUCGCUAGCGACCGAUGGUGCCAACAACUACGCUGCAUCAUGCAUCGUGGGAGCCAUUAACAUCAAUGCAAACUCGGUGUUGUUCAAGCUCACCGGUGUGGAGUUAAGUCUCGUGGUGGCUCUUCCUCUACCAUCUGUUCCUAGUGAUGGCAACAGAAAAUGCGAUGCAAUAUCCCGCAAUGAGUUGGUGCUGAAGAGUCUUCACGAGAGUCGCGUCGCAAAGCAGGCUGCAUCGGGAGUCCCGCCUAGCCACAAGCGAAAAACUACAGAGGAGGCAGGUAAUGCUGCAGUUGACGAGACAAGAGCAGAAGGCGUGAGCUCAGAUCCAGACACUGAUGCUGGUGAGUGCUCGCUUCCAGUGGUGCAGCACCCUAAGUUCCAGAGGCUUGAGGGCAACAUCAAGGCAGGCUCAUCGUCAGGUAGUCUUAGCAGCAGUAACGUAGGUGGAAGUGGCGGUCGCUCGCGUUCAGGGAGUGCCAAUGUGCUGCUUGGACUGCUGCCUUCUCCCCACUACGUGGCAGGAAGCGGUGCAUCCUGCUCACCAGGAAGCAGUAGGGGUAGCUCUCCAUCCAAGACGAGUUGCAAUCGACCACCGCGUGUGAUUCGGAUCCCAUCGCGUGGCUCUACGGGUCGCCUUGCGCGGUCGAGCGGAUCUUGCGAAAUGCGACUGUCGCUUAAAAGCCCACGCUAUGAAAGCACAAUGGGGCUGAAUGUCCGCAAGGUCGUUUCUGACAUCUCAAAGCUGCCGUUUGAUGCCGAUGAGUUCAAUACACUCCAAGCGUACUACUUGGGAGGCCGAUGCACCACUGGGUCAAACGGGUGCAGCAACCGGAAUGUCGACGACGUGACGGGCGAGCAGACACUGUGCCCCGCUUGUAAAUCUAGUCGAUUGGCAAGUUAUUGCCGCACGAUGGCGCUUUUGACACGACUUGAAGCCGCUAAACAGGCGACAGACAGCGUGUUGCUCGUGCUGCUGCGCCAGCUGCACUACCUUGUCGGCGCUUUUCAACACGUCGAAAACGCUGUUCAAACCAUCGAUGAUUUUCUCGUGUCAGCGCACGAGGCAGUCGAUGAACCGCAACAGAUUGCCAGCGAACUACGGGCUUCGCCAAGGGGAGCUAGCCAGCACACGCAAUAG